UAGGGAGCCAGCCUGAAUACUUGAACUGAAGCACUUAGGAAGACACAGCUUUUGUCUGUGCAGAUUUCCUCUGUGGUUAUUUUUUUCAUAGUAACACAGUCCUGGAUAAUCACUUCAUAGGAGAGGAGAUUUUUCAUUUAAACGGCACCAUGAGGCACCUACGUGCACAGGGGCAUAAGCCCCCUGUGUUAUUGGAGUGCGAGCACCUGAGAUGUCACUGAAAAGGGAAAAACCAGUAGAUACUUCUACGCUGAAAAAAAUUGCUGCAGACAUGAGCAAUAUAAUAGAGAGCCUGGACACGAGGGAGCUCCACUUUGAGGGAGAAGAGGUGGAUUCUGACGUGUUAAAUGAACCAAAAACACCUGCAGGCAUCCCAUUUUCUACCAUUUAUAACACUCAAGGAUUCAAAGAGCCUCAUAUACAGACAUUUCUAACUGGGUGUCCGAUUAGAGUGAGAGUGUUGGAAGUCGAGCGUUUUACCUCAACAACAAAGGUACCAAGUCCAAAUGUUUACACUAUUGAGUUAACACAUGGGGAAUUUACAUGGCAAGUGAAAAGGAAAUUCAAGCACUUUCAAGAAUUUCACAGGGAACUGCUGAGAUACAAAGCCUUUAUACGAAUCCCUAUCCCUAUAAGGAGUCACACAGUUAGAAGACAAAGUAUCAAAAGAGGAGAAACCAGGCAGAUGCCAAGUUUACCGCGCACCUCUGAGAACAUGGUUCGAGAAGAACACUUCUCAAGUAGAAGGAAACAACUAGAGGACUAUUUGACAAAAAUCUUAAAAAUGCCUAUGUACAGGAACUACCAUGGAACGAUGGAAUUCAUUGGUGUAAGCCAGCUGUCAUUCAUCCAUGACCUAGGGCCAAAGGGAAUAGAAGGCAUGAUCAUGAAAAGAUCUGGGGGCCACAGAAUACCUGGUCUCAACUGCUGUGGUCAAGGAAGCGUCUGCUAUCGCUGGUCCAAAAGGUGGUUAGUUGUGAAGGACUCUUUCCUCCUGUACAUGAAGCCAGAUUCUGGAGCCAUUGCUUUUGUUCUCCUGGUAGAUAAAGAAUUCAAAAUUAAGAUUGGUAAGAAAGAGACUGAAACUAAAUAUGGAUUGCAGAUUGACAACCUCUCUAGAUCAUUGAUUUUGAAGUGUAACAGCUAUAGACAUGCCCGAUGGUGGGGACAGGGAAUAGAGGAAUUCAUCCAGAAAAAUGGCCAAAACUUUCUGAAAGAUCACAGAUUUGGGUCUUAUGCAGCUGUGCGAGAGAGAACUUUGGCAAAGUGGUAUGUAAAUGCAAAGUGGUACUUUGAAGAUGUUGCUAAUGCAAUGGAGGCAGCUAAAGAAGAAAUUUUCAUCACAGAUUGGUGGCUGAGCCCAGAAAUCUUUAUGAAACGACCUGUGGUAGAAGGAAAUCGCUGGAGACUAGACUGCAUUUUGAAGCGGAAAGCACAACAAGGAGUGAAAAUUUUUGUUAUGCUCUACAAAGAGGUGGAACUUGCCCUAGGAAUCAACAGUGAAUAUAGCAAGAGGACCCUGAUGCGUUUGCAUCCCAACAUUAAGGUGAUGAGGCAUCCAGACCAUGUGUCAUCCUCAGUGUACCUGUGGGCCCAUCAUGAGAAACUUGUUAUCAUUGACCAGUCCGUAGCGUUUAUUGGUGGCAUAGACUUGGCCUAUGGGAGGUGGGAUGACGACGAGCACAGGCUGACUGAUGUUGGCAGCGUUAAGCGAAUUUCAGGAACAAAGUCCACGAUGAAUCUAGCAGCUGCAGCUGAAUCUACUGAAGCUUUAGCCCUAAAACCUUAUGCUGAUUCUGUGGGAGACCGGAAAACUCUGGAUGAUGCCCUGGAUUCCUCACGGCUGAAAGGAAUAGGAAAAGCCAGGAAGUUUGCCAGGUUCAGCAUUUAUAGGCAGCUCCAUAAACAUGGCAUACAUCACUCUGACAGUGUGAGCAGCAUCGACAGUGAGUCAAGUUAUUGCAAUCCUAGUAGGAGUCAACAGAAUUUAAUCCAGAGUUUAAAACCCCAUCUGAAAAUGUUUCAUCACCACACUGAGUCCAGGCAAGGGCUUGCUGAGUCUGAGAAGGAUAAAGGAUCGAUCCGCAGUUUGAAGACUGGUGUUGGAGAGCUCUUUGGGGAAACCAGAUUCUGGCAUGGAAAGGACUAUUGCAACUUUGUUUUUAAAGACUGGGUUCAGCUUGACAAGCCAUUUGCUGAUUUCAUUGACAGACAUACCACACCAAGAAUGCCAUGGCAUGACAUUGCCUCUGUGGUACAUGGCAAAGCAGCACGGGAUAUCGCUCGACACUUUAUUCAGCGCUGGAACUUCACAAAGAUCAUGAAGCCCAAAUACAGAUCCCUCUCCUACCCAUUCCUGUUGCCAAAAUCUCAGCAAACUGCCAACGAGUUGAAGUAUCAAGUGCCUGAGUCUGUUUUGGCCACUGUCCAGGUGCUCCGUUCUGCUGCUGAUUGGUCAGCGGGCAUUAAGUAUCAUGAAGAAUCCAUCCACGCUGCCUAUGUUAACGUGAUAGAAAACAGCAAACAUUUCAUAUAUAUAGAAAACCAAUUUUUUAUUAGCUGUGCUGAUGACAGAGUUGUAUCGAACAAGAUUGGAGAUGCAAUUGCUCAGAGGAUUCUUAAAGCCCACAGGGAGAACAAGCGGUUCCGAGUAUAUGUGGUGAUCCCGCUGCUGCCUGGAUUCGAAGGAGAUAUUUUAACUGGAGGAGGGAAUGCACUGCAGGCCAUAAUGCAUUUCAACUACAGGACCAUGUGCAGGGGAGAUCGUUCUAUUCUGGGGCAGUUGAAAACAGAAAUUGGGGGGGAUAAGUGGAUAAACUACAUAUCAUUCUGUGGGCUUCGAACAUACGCUGAAUUAGAAGGAAAACUUGUCACCGAAUUGAUCUAUGUUCACAGCAAAUUGCUAAUAGCCGAUGACAACACUGUCAUAAUUGGCUCCGCUAACAUCAAUGACCGCAGCUUGCUGGGAAAGCGUGACAGUGAAAUGGCUAUUCUUGUGCAAGACACCGAAACUGUCCCCUCCAUGAUGGAUGGAGAGGACUAUCGAGCUGGAAAAUUUGCUCAGUCACUCCGUCUCCGGUGCUUUCGGGUUGUUCUUGGUUGUUCAACAAAUCAAAAUGUCGAUCUCCUUGAUCCUGUUUGUGACAGAUUCUUCAAGGAGAUGUGGGUUUCCACAGCUGCUCGCAACGCUACUAUCUUCGACAAGGUUUUCCGAUGCCUUCCCAGUGAUGAGGUGAACAAUUUAGUCCAGCUCCGUGACUUCAUCAACAGGCCAAUAUUAGCAAAUGAAGAUCCUGUGAAAGCAGCAGAAGAAUUGAAAAAGAUUCAUGGAUUUCUAGUCCAAUUCCCUUUUCGUUUCCUGGAGGAAGAAAACUUGCUUCCUUCUGUUGGAACAAAAGAAUCCAUGGUGCCCAUGGAGGUUUGGACUUAAGAAGAGGUAGACUGCUUUAGAGUUGAAAGCCUGGUUCUUUGGAGACGAGUUUGCACACAGUCUGAUUUCAAGAAGCUUUUUUUGCUGAGGUGGCCGCAGAGAAGGUCUUCACCAAGCUAAUGUGCCUUUCGUAAGGAUUUUGGUGGAACAGUUUCAGACAAAAUUACACUAUCAUGGGAGGAAAAAAAGAGUUGGAAACUCUGAUUGAUAUACUCUAUCCACUAAAAAUAAGUUACUACUUAGCAUAUUCUAAGCACCUUACAGAUGCAGGCCACUUGUUAUGAAGGAAAAAAAAUAGUAAUAUAUAAUACUACUACCAGUGCGCUCAGACAUGUACCAUAAUUGUGAUGUGGCUACGCAGGAGUUGUAGGCUCUUUGUAUUUUCUGAUUUUUUGUGACACAGUUUAUUAGCUAGCUGGAGUAAUCCUCUUCAUCAUCCCUGUUUUGUAUGCCAUCAAGACAAUGCAUACACCUCCAUAAUCAUUGGGAAAUGUUGCCUGAUUCUGCUUUGGGCAUUCCUAAGAUCUUUGCUGGCUGAGUUUAAAUGUUACAUUUCUUACACAGAAAAAGACCGACCAUUUUCUGGUCAUAAUCAGUAUUUUAGCCUUUUCCCCCACCCCGAGGGAGUACAUCUUUACUAUUGGUACAGCAGUCAACAUUCCCGAUGCACACAGUGCAAAACCAUGUAGAUCUUAGCAAUGGGCAACCCCAGCUGAGCUUGAAGGGCUGGCAAUUCCCGAGGACUGGCAGUCUCCUGAAUUAUGUUCCUUGGGGUUUACAGACCUUAGGUGGAUGAAACUUUUUUUUCUUAUCAUUUAAGAUGUUUUUAUUACAUUUUAUUCCCCAAGGGAGAAUUGACUUUUUAACCAGAACCUUGGGCUGUGAACAGACGUAGCAUUUCUCCUGGGGCAAAGUCUUUUGCCCUGGGAUCCUACGCAGGUACACAUGCACUGCCCUAGUCCGAGUCCCUCUGAAGUAUGCGGCAUACAAUGUGCUAACACUUCUUUUACCUGGGACAUUGUGGUGUGUGUCUGUAAGGUGAUUGCGGGUCAUUCCAGAGACAAGCCUGCCAGGCUGUGUGCUCUUGCUGGCCACGCGCUGGCAGAGGAGCAGCAAUGCAGCUUAGAGCACCAUGCAAAUCACUGCUACGACUGUUCUGCUCUGAGCCACGUCCUAGGACAAUCAGGCCUGCGUCAAAGAGAGAGGUAUUUACAGCCCUACCUUUUUCUAGCUAACGAGAGCUUGGUGCUAUGUAUGAGGGAAAAUACAAUCCCAAAAGCUAGUCCGGCUAAAAUGGGCUCCUCUUUUAUAUCACAGUGCUGUCUAUUAACACUGCAUUCAGUCCAUGGAGCAUUCCUCCUACUUCCUUGCCCUCCAGCCAACCUCCAGUGAAUGUGUCCAAUAUUUGUUGAGAGAAACCUGAAAUUUCAAGUGAACCAUGUUCAAGGUGGAUAGAAGUUACUCAUAUUGAGAUCACACGUCCAUCUAUACUCUGCCUUGGGGACCUACUCCACCAUGGAUCAUCAUUAGGGACCUACCAAAAUGAUAGUUUCAUGUUUUUUGUAGAAAAUGCAAAAUGGGGGGGUUUCCAUGAAAAACAGCAAGCUCUGCGCUUUUGGCAGGCUCACUAAAAACCCCCUAAAACUUAAGCAGAGAAAAGGGCAGGGAGUCCUUCAGCCUUGGAGCACAAAGGGAGAAAAGGGGGUGAGAGGGAGCAAAUGAGAGACUGAGCCUGUCAUGUAGGCUUAGUACAGGUGCCAGUCUGGGGCCAGUCAGGGAAACAACAGGGUUUUGGUGCCAUCUUUUAAGCAGCCAAAGGCAUGCUGCUUCAGUAACUUGCUGCCUGAGGAGCACUGCGUUGUGGUUUGGGGCCAUUUGCCAAUCUGCAGCGAGGGGCAGGGCCACUGGGGCCCCUCAGCCAAUAAGAAGUGUGGGGGGACCCUGCCACAAUAAGCCUGUGAAAAUGGCACCCGGCACCACAAUCAACCUGUGAAAUUGUCCAUCUGUCACUUCGAUUUGGGUAGGUCCGUAAUCAUCAUGGUAAUUAGCUGUCUCAGCCAUGCAGAAGAAUGAUUCCAUGUUAUUUCAAGUACAUACUAAGACUCAUUUGGCAUAGUUAAACUUUUCUUUUGCUUUCAAUUUUACUGUAAGCAUUAGUACCUAUCAUAAGACAUGCCAAAUCCUGGCAUCUUCUGGGAGGAGAGGUUAAAACUGACCUCCCUGGGCACGUCUACAUGAGAUGUUUUAUUGCGAAGCUGACUAAUUAGCUCCGCAGUAAAGCAUCACCAUCUACACAUGUGGCACUAUUAGGCCAGAGUAACCAAAUUAACUCUGCUCUAGUAUAGUAGUGCCUGACACAAGUCCUGUGCUACAGCAGUGUUACUAAUAUGUGUAGAUGCUGGUGGGGCUGGCUGGUGCAUGAGGGUGCUACAGUUGGGGGCUGCCUGCUAGCUUGCCCCCCACUGUAGCCCCUAUGAACGACGCAUGUCCCCGGAUGCUGGGGGGGCACGGCAACCACCCACAGGCGGCGGCAAUGGCAAUGGUUGGGGCAUGGCAGCAGUGAGCAGAGAGUUCCCAUAGGUGGCCACGGUGGUGGCGGCAGCAGGGAGGUCGGGGGUGGCGAGUGCCAACCGGUGGUUGGCAACCACCCACAGAUGCUACCAGCAGUAUUGGCAGUGGCCAAUGGCUAUUGGGAACUACCCGCAGAUGCCGCUGGCAGUGUUGGCAGUGAGGGUGGGGGGUAGUGAGCGGCAGCCCUUCUGUCAGGGAGUCUACCACCAAUCUCAGGGAUGCACAUGCACGCACAUGCAUAUGCACCCACAUGUCAGUAGGUAGGUGUCUCACCUAUGUGCCCUAGCCAGCCCCUUUGCAGCAUGUUGGGCCAUGUCAGGCCCCCACAAACUGUGCCGGAGUUUAUUGCUCCACCUUAAUUUCACAUGUAGACCUGCCCUCUGAAGACACAAUUUUUCAGUCAGUGGGAGUGCGCUUAUUCCGUCAGGGUCCAAGCAUAACCUUUAAUUCUAGUCCUAUAAAAUCCUUCCCUGUCUUUACUCAAAAGACAUCACAUAUGUCCAUUACUAUGGUUCCCUUUGGUAAAGCAUCCAUACUGUUAUUUGUCUUCUUUGAAUGUUGACAGGUUCUAAUGUAGUCUUACUGUUUUUUAGUUCUAGAUAAACUUGUGGCACCAUUUGACAGAUCCACCUCAGACGCAGUUGGCACCAUGUCCUACAUUUAAGCCGAUUGCAUUAUAUAUCUUAAGAAAUGUAAUUAGGCAUAGAGUAAUUUUGCACACUACAUCACCUUAAUAAGUUGCAAACACUAACAUUCCUCAAGGGCAAUGGAAGUUUCAGCUAGUUGCUACAGUUUCUAUUAUUUCAUGUUCAUAUUUUAUAGAUGCAAUUAAUUAGUGGUAAUAUUGGGAAUCACACUCAUUCUUUAUAUUCAGUGAGUUGGCAGUCUGCUUAAUCUGUCAAAAGUGCAGGUACAGCACUUUAUUAAAACGAAAUCUGUAAUGGGUCCAUAGGAGUAUGUUAUUUUUACCUGCAGCUUGUAGAUAGCUAGAUUCCAUCAAAAUUUGAGAGUGCUGUUAUUUAUAAUCUCUGCCAUACCAUGCAAGAGCCAGGCCUCCCUCACCAUUUCCUGUGCCAGCACAGUGCAAGAGCAGAUGACUUGCAUUGCAAGCAAAACAAAAGUAUCUCGGGAUGCGGCGACAGGCCAGAAGGAGCGCUGUUCUGAGGAACACUGCCCGCUCAUGACCUAGAAGUCAUGUAGCUGAAUUACUGUAGCACUGCGCUCAGGCUCUGUGAAGAGGCAGAGUUUACUGAAACUAGCAUAUGCAGAAUAGGUGUGGCAGGUCUCAGCAUUGCGCUGCUUUGAGCUGUACAGCCGUACCCAUCACGUUUCAGUUUAGCUGUGGCCCAGAGCUUUUGAUUUCUUCCAGCAUUUUUAGGCACUUUUACGUUGAGCAAAAUUUUUAAAGCAAAGCAAUUGUAGCCUGUCAAACAAUCAUAUUAAACCACACAUAUAGAAAGUCGUUCUUGAAAAAGGCCAAACCCCCAAGAUUGUGGUGACCCACACCCCAGGGUAGCCGAGCAGCUCAUAAUCUUUCGUCUAAUUUUAUGACAUCUCCCAAAGUUAUUUUCCUUUCUGAAUAAAGGCACAGUGAUAGCAAUGACCUUAAAAAGAAGGAGGAAGUCCAGACAGAAAACUGCCAUUUGCAUUCACUGGGGUUUGAUGCCUCUUGCAACCCAGCAGUGUUUCAGCUGGGUCGUGCAAAUAUGACUCUGGCCUCUUCUUACUGCCUCAUGCUCCCAUUUAGCAAGGUGCUCAGCACAGACAAACCCCCAUGCCCACAGUAAGGCUCCUCUUGAAGGCAGGGGUCCCCACACUUUGAACAGACACCCUUACUGGGUCACCCAAUAGUAUGCAGCUCCCUGAUAUUCAAAAGAGAGUGUAUUCUGCUCUGUAGGACCUGCAAACGUUAUUGUUCUCUACAUCCAUUACUUGUUCACAGUUGCAGCAAUCAUAAAAGGCCUUUUUGUGACUGCCUGAUAACUGGACUUUUCUCCUGCACAGUAUGAAGCCACAAUGUGGGUGAUGUUCAGCACCUUAAAAGGAGUCAUCACUGCACAUAAACAAUCACCACUGUCUAGUCCUUCAGACAUCCGUGGCUUUCCCUUUUCUUAUAACACACUUGCAAAUAUACUGUCUUACAAGCAGCGAUGUCGUUUUUAAGUGCUAGUAGAUCUUGAAACAUGCAACCUGGUUUUCGUGGCUUUUAGUUUGUAAAAAUUGUAAGAAAAAAGAGAAAUUUCUUCUAUGCUCAGACUUUAUAUUACACUACUCAACCUGCAUGGGUAGUUUUUUAAUGGUAGGUAUUCCUAAGCAGGUACUAGUAUGAGGCAUCACUAUUGCUCCUUACCAUGUGUUUAUGUAUGUUUAAAUAACGGGGUGUUUUAAUAUAGAGUUUGAUAUAGAGAGUCUGGAUUAGACUUGCUUAGGAUAGAAAACAGUGCAUGGUUAAAAAAAACCUGAAUGAAUAAUUUUCAUAAUUUUUUCGAGCAUUUUAUUAUUACAAUAAUUUGUACAAACAACAGCCCUCCACUGUCGUAUGGGAGAAGUGGGUUUAGCUUUUGGAUUUGCCCAGGUGUGCUCAUGGGCAAAACAAAUCAUACAUCACAUGUCAGGGCAGACUCCUGUUUCCACUGAAGGAGUUUCCAUGGGCUGUCAUCGAAGCAGGGUCCCUAGAUUCAUAGAUUGUAAAGCCAGAAGGGACCUUGGAAGAUCAUCGGGUCCAACCCCCUAGUGCUUGGGAAGGAUGUGACUGUUGUUACUCAACAGUCCCUCUUUUUUACACCGGUGUAAAAAGUUGAGAAGGGACCCCAGUAACAUUUCAGCUAAGGCCAAGCUUAGAAAACUUUGUUUAAAAAUGUUGGUCUAACAACAGGGGCAGAUUUUUAUGACAUUUUCAUAUCAGUAAAUGCCCCAAUGUAGAUACAGAUAUUCCAGCAUAACGGUGCUUUUGCCAUUAGGGCUUGUUGUGUUCAAGGAACUGGCAUCAGCUCUGCCAGCAAAAGUACGUUACACUGGAAGAGUUCUCUGGUGUAUCUGGAGCUAUUCUGCCAGCCCUUUAAUAGCAUAUAAAGGUUAUGAAGCGGGGUGGCUGGAGGAACAAGGUGAAAUGCAAGAGCAAGUACAAACAGGAGGGGCUCUUAAGUUGGAACAAAUGUGCGUGAACUCUUGGCAUCUGACUCAGGAGGGUUGGUAGGGAAUGGUAUGAGUGACUGCGGGAAGGGUUGGUGAGUGUUUUAGUGUGUUGGCACCAGAGUAGGAGCUGCCGAUCUGUGUGUUUCCUUUAGCAGCUUUCAAGCCACUUGUCAAUUUUUUUAUAUUAACUUCAUUCACAUUUUAGACCCUGAUCUUGCUGCCUUCCUUACCUUGUCCCAUUGAUGUCAGUAGGAGUUUGCUUAAGCAAAGACCUCACGGUUGGGUAGUAUUUUAUUGUCUCUUUAUUCCAAUGGUUGAGUUAUUGUCCUUUCAAGAAGACAUGUCUGAAACAAUCAAAGCUGGCAUGAGUUUGGUAUUGUAAUAGGAAGAGGGCGGUAUAUGCAGUUGUGUAGUUAUUACAAUAGCAUGUAUAUUUUAAAGCAUAUGGUGACCCGGAUAGGCCAAACAAAAACAAGUUUGGAUGAAACUUCAAAUUAAUUAAUUUUAUUGUAUUUUCCUUGCUGGCCAGAGUCAAGUCCUUGGCUGAUAUAAAUUGGCAGAGCUCCAUCAACCUCGGUGGAGUCUCACCAUUUCACACCAUCCUAGGAUCGGGCCUAAAGUGCACACUGUUGUCUGAUCAGAGCAGAGCAAGAGCCUGUGCAGAGCUACAUGAUAGAGGUAAUGCAGCACAUGCUGGACUAGUCACCAGCCCUGAUUCUGACUUUACAGCACUGUCAAACCUGGUAGCUAAUCAGGAGAGGUGCCUCAUGCCCAGACUGAGCUCGGUGGAAAUGAGAACCUAGCAGAAUUGAGGCCUAAAACAGGAGUGUUAACUCUGCUGCAACAAAUGAAGUUUCACGAUGUAAAACCUAUGUAAAUUAGAUCAGAAUUAGCCCUGCACUGCCAGCUCAUAACUGUUUGCAAUGGCCUUUCUUUUGCUUGCUUUUCUUUUGUAUUUUCAAGAAGUUGUGGUCAGUUCAUUUUAACCUACCAGUACUGAUUUGUAAAAUACUGUAGAUGUUGUGACUAAUUCUUACUUGCCUGGCUCUAUCCUGAGAUGUGGGAAAUGAGAUAGUGUUUAAAGUCACAGAUCAAGAAACAGUCGCUUAAGUUUCUUGUACCUGAUCUAAUUGACAAAACAAGAGCUUCCAUAAUAUUUGUAUUUCAGAUAUUGUACAAGAGUUGCUGUAAAUCUAAAUCUCUGUACUUCUCUCCUUUAGACUGAUAACAUUGUGAACACUGUGAAUAUUCCUUCUGUGAAGGCUUUUGAAUUGACAGUUUUGUAUUCCUGUUUCUGCUAAUGACUGCUUUUUUUCUCUGUCUAUGACUAUUUGGUAAAUAAAUAUGUAUUAAUCAACUGAAAAUGUAACUAAAUAUAAUGUGUCAGAAACCUUUG